AAGAACUAGCAACCUCCCCAUCUGAAAAUGAACUUGCGUUCUACUCAGUAAACAUCACAUCUGUCUUACAACCUCCUUCACCACUUCAAGAUAUUGGCCCUAGCAACUCAUAUCAUAUUCAACUA